AUGAGCGACUUACAGGACUCUGGCGACGGCUUCUGGGGCCGCACAGAAGAGCGCGAGUUCUCGUAUGUGGUGACGGUGCCCAGUAGUGGCGAAAAUGUUUCAUUAACGGCGGUGCAAGACCGAGAUAUAUGCGCUGGCACGCCAGAGUUCCCGUCGCACGGCCACUGCGUUUGGGACGCCGCGCUGCUGCUCGCCGACUAUCUCCAGAGCAAAGCCAAGGAUGAAGAGGGUGAAGGUCGCUCCGAUUUCCAAGACAAGAAAGUGGUGACAUUGGGUGCAGGGGUCGGACUGGUUGGCAUGGCGCUGGCUGUUCUCGGAGCUCGAGUAAUACUCACGGAUCAGGAAUACGCGCUGCCUUUGCUGAACAAGAACGUGGCCUCUGGAGGCUCUUUAGCGGCAUGGGUGAAAGACACCGACGUGGUGGUUUUCUCGGACGUGCUGUAUAAUGCUGCAGCAUCAAUUUUACUAAUCCAAACGCUGCACCAACUAGUGUCACCAACGACGGAUGUGAUUUUCAGCUUUGAGACGCGAAAUGCGGCAAUUGAAGCGAAUUUCUUGCAGGAACUUAGGAGAACAUUCGACGUAGACGAGUACCCGGACGAGCUUUUCAUCUUUCACGCGCGCCCCAAGCAAGACUGGCGGUAA